AUGUGCUCAUAUAAACAGCUCAGAUUUCUUUCAGUUCCUGAGCAUAUUGGAAUGUUCUCAUAUAAACAGCUCAGAUUUCUUUCAGUUCCUGAGCAUAUUGCUUUACUUUGCUACUUUGUUCCUUUGGUUUUGAAUUGCAGAGAAACAAUAGAAGAGCUUGGAAAGGAAUCUAACAAGCUUAUGAUGCAUUUGCUGAGUAUAAUAUCUGAAGAUUUGGGGAUGCCAACUGAGGGUCUGGGCGAGGAAUUUGCAGGCUACAAUCUUUAUCCGCCAUGCCCACAUCCAGAUAAGGUGCUCGGCACUCAUGCACACACAGACCAUGGUACAAUUACUAUUCUUGUUCAAGAUAAUGUGUGUGAUGGCUUACAAGUUGAGAAAAAAAGUGGGGGUUGGAUCUCUGUUGCUCCUCUUCCUGGAGCUCUUGUUAUCGAUCUUGGCGAGUCCCUUGUGGUAAAGCAGGACAUUAAAGGGCUCAAAGAGGACUAUUUGGAACUGUUUGAACCUAGAUACUUAGCCCGUGCAGAAAUUGAAAUGUCUCCAAUCAACUGGGAUGAGGAGGAGAAAUAUGAUAUACAAUUAAGGACAAAAAGAGUUUUGGAGAGGACCAUGGCAUGGGUUGCCAGGAAGAAAGCCAUGAAAUUAGGUGGUCUAAUUCUAUAA